UCUUUAAGCGCAGGGCGGAGAGCAGAUUUCCGAUCGUCAACGAAGCGGAUUAUAGCUUCAGUCCUGCGUCUGCUGCUACAUCAUCUCAGCUGAUCCGGAGAAUUCCCUCUGCAGGGAGACAAACAAGCCCUGCCUGUAUGCUCAGCACAACACGGCACCAUGGAUUUCAACGUCAAAAAACUGGCUUCUGGUGCAGGAGUCUUCUUCACUCGGGCUGUGCAGUUCACAGAGGAGAAGCUGGGCCAGGCUGAGAAGACAGAGCUGGAUCCACACUUAGAGAACCUGAUCACUCGGGCCGACUGCACCAAGAACUGGACUGAAAAGAUCUUGAGACAAACUGAGGUGCUUCUACAGCCCAACCCAAGUGCUCGAAUAGAGGAGUUCAUCUAUGACAAGCUGGAUAAGAAGCUCCCUUCCAGGACGACUAAUGCAGAGCUGCUGGGACAGUACAUGCUGGAAGCUGCCAAUGAGUUUGGUUCAGGGACGCCAUAUGGCAGUACCCUUAUCACAGUGGGAGAGUACCAGAAAAGAUUGGGGGGAGCUGAGCGCGAGCUCCUCCAAACCUCAGCUGCCACCUUCCUCACUCCGCUACGCAACUUCCUGGAAGGAGACUGGAGGACUAUAUCAAAAGAGAGACGACUUCUGGAGAAUCGACGGCUGGAUCUUGACAUCUGCAAAGCCCGCCUGAAAAAAGCCAAGCAGGCAGAAGCCAAAGCAGCGGCUGCACCUGAUUUUCAGGAGACAAGGCCUCGAAAUUAUGUUCUUUCUGCCAGUGCAUCAGCGCUGCUGAGUGAGGAGGUGGACAAAGCAGAGCACGAGCUUCGUGUGGCUCAGACAGAGUUUGACCGACAGGCUGAGGUCACAAGGCUGCUGCUGGAAGGCAUCAGCAGCACACAUCUCAACCACCUGCGUUGUUUGCAGGAUUUUGCAGAGGCUCAGGCCACUUACUACGCCCAGUGUCAUCACUACAUGCAGGACCUUCAGAGGGAGCUCAACAAAUGUGCUAAUGCCGUCAGCGCCCUGCACACGACUGCUGUCUGCCCCGACCCCGUCUCCUCUGCUUUCCUGUCUGGACCAUCAUCUCCUGGGGCUACAGUGUCCUCUUCGUCUAGCCAAAAGCCCAGCACGCUGGCUAUGGAGCAGACACAGCUUCCUGUCACGGGCACCAGAAAGGCCAAGGUCCUGUAUGACUAUGAUGCCCAUGAUGCCAGCGAGCUUUCCCUCUUGGCUGAUGAGCUCAUUACAGUAUACACCGUACCAGGAAUGGACCCUGACUGGUUGAUUGGAGAACGGGGCAAUGAAAAGGGCAAAGUCCCUGUCACCUACCUUGAACUGCUGAGCUAAUGGACCAAACAACAGGACACACACACACACACACACACACACACACACGCACACACACGUAUUUUCUACACUUACUGUAUGUGUGGCUAUAAACACUUAUGCAAACCUGGUGUUAUGCAAGUCUGUUGGAAAAGUUUUCAUAAGUACAGAUGAGUUAUUGGAGGAAAUUGCAACAAAAGCUUGUUAUGUGGCCACUUGGGUCAUUACAGACUUCCUCUUAUUCCAGUGAUGUGUACGUGUAUGCGAGUGUAAUGAGACCACAGUUAAAGCUACAUUCCCUGUUUUUGUUAGUUUAGGUGUCUUCGUGUUAAAUCUGUGUUUUUACCACAAAGCAUUCGCAAGGCAUUCAAGACUAAGAUAGGUUUGCAACUAAUGAUUCUUUUCACUGUCAAUUAAUCUGCAAAUUAUUUUCUGAAUUAAUCAAUUACUAAGAUACAAAGUAAGUUACAAAGUGUGACAAAUGUCGAUCACUGUUUUCCAAAGCCCAAAGAUGACAUCCACAAAUAUUUUGUUUUGCCCACAACCCAAAGAUAUUUAGUUUACUGUCAUAGGAGAGAGAAAAAACACAGAAAAAAACACAUUUAAAAAGCUGGAA